AAUCAAUAGCCCCAUAAUGUCCAGAUGGGUGAGCUGGUCAACUUUUCAGAUAACAAGAUAUGGUUUUAAACCAGGUAAGCUGUAGACAGUUUAGAAGAGGGAUGAAAGCACUUUGAAAGUUCAAAUGGGUUUGGAUUUAAGAAGUAUUCCAACAGGGCUACCAGGCAAGGUAUUAGCAGACAAAACAUAUAGGAGCACAUAAUGGGAAGCACGAGAGUCAAUCAUAAUGUUCCUUCACUUGUAGAUUUGUGCAUUCAGUUUGCUAUAUGUACUAUUGAUGAGUUGGCAUGCAUUGAGAAGUCAACAGAAGGGAGAGAUCUUAGCUCUGUGAUAGAUAAGCUUUGGAAGAAGUUUUAUGAGCAGGAAUUUGGUGAAGAGAACACCAAACAGGUCGUUGAGAGAAUGAAGCACAAAAAAAUCACUUUUAAGUGGAAACACAGUUGUAUGAGCUCAAGUUGUUCACACACAAAGUUGAAGGUCGAGGAGGAAGCUGAGCAAAAAUCCCUUGAAAGAAUCAAAUAUCUUUACGAAAAACAAGAAGCUUUACGAAAAACAAGAAGCUGGUAUGGGGAGAACCUCGCCAGGGGCCAGGGAUACGUACGAAGGGUCGGACGGCAUGGAGGAAGAAGAGGAAGUUGACUUCCCGGCGUGGAUGGUGAAGGCUCCAACAGCUAGGAGUGGGAAAAACCGAACCGAAACCCGGAAACCGACCCUGGACCGACUCGAAUUAUGAUCCCGGUCCGGGUUUUUUCUUUUUAACCGGACCGAAUUCAAAAAACCCGGACCGAACCCGAAAUUCCGGGCUCAUUAACGGGCCUUAAAAUUUAUAACCCGGACCGGACCGAAAAAACCCGAAACAAUUAGCUUUAAUAUAAAAUUAAUAUAGUAUAUGAAUAUAAAUUUAUAAAUAUUUCCUAAUAUACGAUUAUAAUCAUGGUGGAUGAAAAAGUGAUUUUAUAACUUUUAGUGACUACAAAUUUGUUCAAAUUUUUAGCGUAAUUACCAUGAAAAUAUGUUUAUAGCAACUCUAUUCACAUUUUUAUCUAUAAAUUUUAUUUCGUAAUAUUUUUAAGAAACCUAUAUUAUUUAUUUAUAUGCAUCGUAAAUAAAAUAUUAAGAUAAUUAUCUUCUUUGGAUUUGAAUUGUUGGUGAUUUUGGGGACUAAUAUUUGUGUUAUUAUUUGCGCUUUGUAUUUUUGAUUAAUUUUGUUUGAAAAUAGGUGUUAAAAAAUAAAAGAACAAUGAGAUAUUUCACGUUCGGGCUUUAACCGACCCAACCCGAACCCGGACCGAAACCGGGCUACCAAAAACCCGACUCGGACCGAAUAUAAUGGGCUUUGUUCCGGUCCCUAAUUUUCAUAACCCGAGACCUUCCGGGUAAUUUCUGGGUUUAGCAAAAACCCGACCCAGACCGGACCGAUCCCACCCCUACCAACAGCUGAGUGUGGUGACUUUGAGUUUGAGGAGGUCCUCCUUGAACGAGACGCUUCAAAGGAGAAUAAAUUUCUAUGAAGUCUUGUUUCACUCCUUUAUGUGAUACUAGUAUGUGUCAUGUUCUUUGUGUGUGGAUAAUAAUGUGCGCGACUAUUACAUGAUGAGUGUGGAUAAUUGAUUAUGUUAAGGGGCUUUAAAUUUAACAUUUUUCCAACUAUGUGUGCAUGUAUUGUACAUGUUCAACCCGUUAGUGUAAGGUGUAGGAUGCACGUGUUUGAAAAUUGUGUUGUGCAGUUGUGUCUUUUUGUGCAUUUCCUGAUCAAUAAAAAGUGACAGUGGAC